AUGCAGUCUGAGAGCGCGAGGUGUGCGGCGCUGGAGGCGGCGAUCAGCGCGCCUGCGGGAGACGUAAAGACUCGCGGGUCUGCAUCCCCGUACGUGCAGCCUUUUUCGCCUUCUCCGCUGCGUCUCGCGAGGACGCUGUCGGGUUUGAUUCUUCCCUUCCUGCCGACGGCGCCUUCGCCCGUCGAGGCGGGGGACGGGUUUAUUGGCAACCCCCGGGGGUCGGAGACCCACGAGGCUGAGCGCGCAAAGAGGGAGCGGAAGACGAUACAGCAGAGGCAGAGAGUUCCGCGCAGCGAAUACGAGAAAAAAACGAGACACGAGAGAGGAAAGCUGCCGCACCGAGCCCCUCGACCGGCUCCCCGCCGUGUGCUCGUGACUGGCGCAGACCACGCAAGAGAGUCGCGCCGCAGCGACACCGGGGGAGACAAUGUCGAGGGUCCCAUUGAGAAGAAAGCAGCUCAUCCCUUGCGCGUCUGCUCGGGCGACGGCGCCUCGCAGAGCGGAGAAGCGCUUCUGGAGACCGACGCCUGCUGGGCUGCCCCCCGGGGCGAAUCUCUCAAAAGCCACGAAGGAUGUGAAGCAGACACCGAUGACGAAGUCAAGGAUGACCCUUGGGCUCUCACGUCAGGCGCGGCGAGCGGGGGGACGAAGGGAGAAGAGAAGGAGCCUGACGCGGGCAGCGUGGCGUCUCUCUCGACGUUUCCAUCGCUCUGCGACACCCACGGUUGCACGUCUUCGCUGUGUCUCGUCUCGCGGUCGCGCCGCUCAUCGCGCUCGUCGCUCGCCUCAAGCGCAGAGCGAAGCCUCCCUCCCUCCGCGAGCGACGCAGAAGACAAGACAGAAGAAACCGAGGACGCGGAAGGCGGCGAGGCGGAGGAUUCGCCUACGUCGCCGCCACUCGACGCGCACCAAGAAGAUGCAAGUUCGGCGGAAGAAGACGCUGAAGCGAGCCUUCCGGGAGCCGAAAACGCAGGCGCGAAAGAGAGGGGCGGGCAGGCUGCCCCGCACAGCGCCUUUGAGAGGGAGAGACCCCGAGAGGCGCAGCGAGAAAGCAAGAGACACUUUUACCGAUCUUUCACUCGAUUUUGCUACCGCGCGGCGGCGCGUGCGGACGCGAAUGCCUCGGCGUCGCGGGAAAAGAGCGAAGAGCAAGAGCGCAUGGUGCGUCACGCGCUCUCGAUGCUUCGCUUCCUCUACAGACUCCACGCCCAAACAGAAGGCCGCGCCUUCCAGAGUCAAAUCCGAGUCGCCGAGACGCCAGGAUCGUCGCGCGGAGAUGACGCUCGCCGCACGCCUCGCCGCCAGCAGACAGAGACUGAAAUCAACCCCGCGGCAAGCGGCACUCUGGGGGAGCCUGCGAUCACGGCCCCUGAGCGCAGGACGCCUUUUAUUACGUCUUCGACCGCAUCUCAGCUCAUGACCACCUCCGCCGAUUCGUACUCUUCCUCUUUCUCGUCUUCUUCCUCUCUGACGCCGCUGUCGCCAGGCGCCGCGGAAGACGGACUCCGCACGACCUUGGGGGGCGGCGGAAGGGAUGUGGAGACUGGAGAAGGCAAGAGGGGCAAGCGAGCGUCUGGCGCGGUCGCGGAUGGCGUCAGCAAGGCUGGCGCCACUGAUCAGACUGCCGCGGAUGCAGCUGCUGCGAGCGAAGAAGGCGAGCCGGGCUCCGCCGCUGAGGAGAAGACAGCGCGCGCCGAGAGAGGGGAGGGUCAGGAGCGCGAGGCUGCUUCAGAAGGACGCGAAGGAGACGGCGGCGGACGCGCCGACCAACUGGACGGGACUCGUCGCGCGCCUCUUCAGAAGCUGUACGAGGUGGGCGCAGCGGGAAGUGGUGUAGCGCCUAUGUCUUCGGCAGCAGCCUCUCGUUCGGGUAUCGCCGCCCGGUCUUCUCUUUCCGCCGAGGGCGCGGAGGGAGGGGCGCGGCAAGCGUUGCUCUUCUACGCCGCCGAGUCGGAGGUCGCGUGGAUUUCCUCGCUCGACUUCGACGAAAAGCGGCGCGAAGAAGAAAGCACGCUGCUUGCUCCUCCGAGGGACAGAGAAACAGAGCCCCAGCGAACGCGGUCCGCCUCGUGUUCGCCGCCCGCGGGGUCGCGACACGGCCGCAGCCACGCGGCUUCGGCCUCGUCGCCGGGGGGGGCGUGUGCGCGUUUGUCUACCUCCUCGCCCGUCUCUCCGUCGUUCCCCUUGACGCGUGCGCCGCCGCCGUGUCCCCCCGCCGCGCCGGAGGCUGCCUGGCUGCCAGGGGGUUUGGCGUCGUCGGCUUCGCGUCCUGCUCCUCAGUGCCGUCUAGCACGAACAAGCACAGCCGCGCCCGCAUGGGGCUGUGCGCGACGACGCGCGAGGAACUGCCCGCCGGCGCCUGCCGACGAGCUCGCGAAGGCCGUGCGCAAGACCGAGGCGGCGCUUCUCGCCCUCGCGGGAGACGAGGAGACCGCGCGGGUCCUGGCGGUGGUCAGGAGCCAUCGGAUGGGUGGCGAGGCGGCCGCCGAGAGGCCCCUUCCGGCGUCUGGGGAGAGCCCCGCGGCGGGCUCGCAAGGCCUGUGGGUCGCCGGGGCGGCGCGCGAGCUGGCGGAGACAGGCGGCGGGGACAGGCGCGGAGAGGCCCCAGCUGGCGACGGUGGGCGCUGCAGUGGGCGGAGGGAGAGAGGACUCAAAGGCGGAUGGAGCCGAAGUCAAACAGUGGAAGGAGACACGGUGCGGCAGCCGAUCGCAGAAUUGCACCGAGGCGGCGGGGCGGAGCCGGGAAAGACGUGGGAUUCGAGAGGUUUUUCGCAGGCGCAAGAAACGGCUGAAGGACAGAAGGCGCCGACGAGAUGGAGCCCACUCUGGGAAGUGGAGGGGGGAGAAGCUUACAUCGGCCUGAACCGUCGCGGGUCGUCGAAAACCAACGGCACAGCUCUGGGAGCUGCGGGCGUCGACGGCGGCGACACGCGCGAGGAGGCUCUGGGCGAUCGUGCUCGUGCGCAGAACGGAGAGGCCGAACAAAGCGAUGGCGACGCAACGGGGUCAAGAGAAGGUUCCCGCGCGACCUGGCAGCGCCGAGAGGCUGGGUACGGGGGGAGCAACGAAGCCGCAGCGGCGCUGCAGGCCGCGGCUGGGAGAGAGACAGAGCGACAGACGCCAUACGGAGAGAGUCAGAAGGCUGACAGGGAGAUGAGUUUGCCGCAGGAGGUGAAGUUCGCCAACAAAAGGGAUGGCGCGAGACUAUCGGAUUUGAAGGCAGAAGCAGAGCUGACGGCAGCGUGUGUCUUUUCGGCGACGAACUCAGGCAGCAGUCUGCCGAGAAGUGGCGACAGAAGACGCGUGCUGUACGCUGCGAGCUCACGCGCAGCGGACGAGCCGCUUGUGGCGACUCUGCGCAUCGUUAACGGCAAGCCUUCGUGGGGAAACAGAGAAGAGGAGACACUUGACACCUGCGAACCGCGGGAGGGUGGAUGUUCCGCUCUCCACGCAGCCAGAGCUCUCGGUUCAUCAGCGAAAGGCCUUAGCAUAGGCGAAGGCCAGACUGCAAACCUUCCGCGGCUAGGUCCGUCGUCCCCCAGCCCGCUCGCCGCGAGCUCGUCGCCGCCUGCCAGCGGAUCGCGUGACGGCCUCGAAGGGCGAGCUUCGCCGUCGUCUUCGCCUCCCGUUUCGUCGUUCGCUCCUGCAGAGGCUGCAGCUGAGGCCGACGUGCUCUCAGGGAGACCUGGAGGUGUGCGCUCUCAAACCCCUCUCGGAGUUGCGUGUGGCGAGGGCGCGGGCGCUGGAGACAAGUUCGACAGCCGGUCGACGAACGACUCGGGGAGGCGGCAGGGCCCCCCAAGCGGAGACCGACGCGGCGGAGGAGUUCGCACGCCUGAGCUGGUUGUCCGCUGGACUGAGCCCGGCGCCGAGGUUGUUGAGGUCGCCGGUGCCUUCUCGUGCCCGCCGUGGUCUGAGAGGGUUCCCUUGCCGUGGGAUUCAGCUGAGAAGUGUUUCCGGCUGAAUCUCCUCCAGGUUUUCUCCCCGGUCGUGCUGCAUGCGCCAGAGCAAACGCGUGAGCAGAGGCUCCACAUCUCCGCGCGCAGCAGCAGCCACGCGACCGUCUCACGCGCAGAAGGAGGAGGCCCCGCGGAGGGACAGCAUUCGCCGGCUAUGGGGCUGAGAGACCCGGCGAAUCGCUUCUCGCCCGAUGCCCAAGCUGGAGAGAAGAAAACGUUUUUCUCCUCGCACCUGUCGUCGCUUCUGUUUGACGCCACCACGCGGUGGCGGACGCCCUUCUCGCGGGCUGGCGAGGAGACAGACGGAGACAAGCUGCAGCCGUCGUCGUCGGAGACUGGCGACGAGACACACGCCGAGGCGAUAACCCCGUCGGACCCCACAGCCGCGGUCUGGGUCUCGACCGCGAGCGGCGACGGCACAGCGGUGCUGCAUCUGCAGCUCAAGUUCAUCGUCAACGGAGAGUGGAAAUGCAGCAAAGCGUUCCCCGUGCAAGACGACGGGAGCGGAAACCUGAACAACGUAGUCGUUUUGUUUCGCUCGCGGGCGCCGACUCCCAGCACUUCGGCGUCCUCUGCGUUCUCCCGCACACAGACGUCUUUCUCCUCAUCUAUCGCGAGACAGGUGGACGUCGGCGACGGGCUGCAGCCGCCACGGUAUAACCCGUCGCGCUCGCCGUCUUCGCUUCCGGCCUUCGGAGACGCCUGGGACGUCUCCACGUGUUUGGGCUCAUUUUUCUUCUCGCCUGCAGUCCCGCUGUCGGCUUCAAUGUCUCUGUCCGCUUCGAAUUUCUACCCAAACUUCGCCAGGGAGCUACGCGAGGCGGAUCGUGAGGAGAUGACGAGCUGGUGGCGGACAGAAAAGCGAAACAGAUUCCUCUUCUUCUCCUAUGACCGCGGAUACGGCGGCAACGCGACCUCUGCGGCGACAUGUAUCGACGCAGACGAGUCCGCGCGGCAAGAAGACAACUUUGGAACGCGCGAAGGAGACGCGAGCGCGCGAAGAGGAGGCGAGGCGCGUCUCGCUUCGCGAACUGGACCAGAGGCAAAGACUCGCCUCUCGAGUUCGUCCGAGUUUGAGCGCGGGGCCUCGAUGGCUGCGUCGUCUCUUGCCACGCCGCCGUCGCCUGUGUCCUCCGCUGAACCGAGCGGAGGCGAGACGCGGCGCCAAGGGUUUCCGCGAGACCCGCUGAGCGGCGGGUGGAACGCGCAGCUGCUUUCCACUGGCGCGUUGGGUGCGUCCGCGGCGUCUGCUUCAUUGACGGAAGACACGGGGGAUUCAAGUUCCUCGCCUCGCAGCUCUUCGCGCUCCCCCUCCUCUCGCCCUUCAGCGACUUCCUCAUCGGGCCUCGCUUCGCCCGCGGCGCGGUCGGCGUCUCCGCCGCAGAGCGCGCCUCUGCUUCUCCCCGCGAAGAGCGACGACGCAGCGGCCGCAGCUGAGGACAGAGGACGGCUGUCAAGGGGUCACGAAGUGCUCUACAGGACAGAAGGCGCAUCUGGGCGAAGGGGCGCGGCGACGAGAUUUCCAGCUGCGUCGCGUCGAGUCGAAAGUCACGAGGGAGAGGACCGUCGCGGCGCAGACGCCGGCGCAGCAGCCUGGCGCAGAGAAGGAGGCGCAGGGGCGAAGCGAGGGGAGAGGAGACCGGGGCCCUCGGCGGCCUUUCAAGAAGUUGAAAGCCAAGCCAGACACGAAGCGAGAGAUGCCGCAGGGCGCCGCAGACAGGAAGCGAGCCACGAAGGAGAAGGCGGCGCUGUCCCGGAGGACAAAGCGUCCGCCGCGGGAAAGGCGUCUCUCAGACAGGAGGGGAGGCCGCGAGACGCGCCGAACGAAGAGAGAGGAGACGUGAAGAAUGGAAACGAGCAUGAGCGGCAGGGCGCGGCGCGACGGAGACUCGGCGCGCCGGAGCGAGAGGGCGCGCAGGAAGCCACACACACUCGGCAGAAAAACGCGACAGAAAACGUGGUAAGGGCCGCAGAGACCAGCGCCUUCGUCGACGCGUUCGGUGGGGCUUCCGCCGCACGUGCGGCCGGUGCUGCAGCACGUCUCCUCGUCGUUCUCCUCCUCUUCUGCGCAGAAUACUUUGCACUCGUUCUCCUCUCUCUGCGCCUCCGCGCUUUCUUCUGCCUCCGCUUGCUCGUCUGCGCCGCUGCCUGCGUCGCCCCUGUCCUCUCUGGAGCAGGACGAGUCUCUGCAGGCGACGCGGCGGGGUGUCUCUGCGGCUCACGGCGGCGCCGCGACCGCAGGCGAGCGCCUGCCCCCCCCCGUGACCGCGCGCCACACCCGCCGCUCGCGCGCGCCGCCUCGACUUCUGCGUCAAGUGCCGCGGCGGGCGCGCUGCAGCUUUCGCGGCCUUCCUCCGCGUCUGCAGGUUUGCUGCGGUGCUUGUCGGCUUACGAGAGCGGCUCGCUCGCGGCGGCAGACGCUGCGCAGAGCGACGGCACCAUCAGGCGGGUGACGACUCUUCACGAUGCAGCCUGGCCUCAGCGCGUGCUCGACUUCCUGCAGUCGCCCGACAUCCUCUUCGAACUAAGCCAGAUUCACGCCGAGCGCGAGAAGCAGCGGCGACAGGGCGUGCAGCGGGCAGCGGCAGCCGCCGGGGACGAGACCGAAGACGAAGCAGACCUGAGCGUGAGCGAGGAGGCUGAGCGGCGCCGGGGGGAGGAAGAGGCAGAGGCAGCCGACGCAGAGAGUGGAGGUCGCCCCAGCAGCGUGGAAGACGAAGAGAACCUGCGAAAAGACAGCCGCCGCCUCGCGCUCCAGUGCGGCGCCUACAUGCUGCCUCACCCGGAGAAACUGGAGAGCGGAGGCGCAGACGCCUUCUUCAUUGCCUCGAGCCCGUGGGAUGCCUCUCUGCGGAAUGCAGGCGACCCGCCGCAUGGCCUGCCCGCCGUGGCUUCGUGCGCGUCCUGCGCGCCCUCGCUUGCCGCGUGCGCGUCACGGUUCUCCGCGCCUCCACGCGGCGGGAAGCCAGGCUCACUCAGCACCGCGAGUGACGCAGUGUGCGUGGGGGUCGCCGACGGCGUGGGCGAGUGGGAGAGCUUCGGCUUGAAUCCACGGAUGUUCGCCGAAGAGCUGAUGACUGGAUGCUGGCGCGCGGCGCUCGCAGAGCCGUGGUUUCGGGACUUCGGCGCGCCGACCCGCGGAGCAGACGGGCGGAGCGCCGCUGCUGGAGACGCAAGAGAGCAGAGCCGAGAUCGAGGAAGCCAGGCGGGAAAGAAGAAGGCGCGACAGGAGGACGAGGCCAAGGCAGAGGUCUCGGGCGGCGGGCGACGAGACGCGGCCGCAUCCGCAGGCGGGAAGCGAGACAGAGGAGAGGAAGGCGAGGCACAUUCCGCCGAUGGCAACGGCAGAGAAGAUGAAGGCAGGAGACAGCGAAAAGCCAGAGAGAGCCGUGACAGCGCCGCUCAAAGCUCGGGGCAAACCGAAGAGGAUGCCUGUCCGCCGACGUGUCCCCAGUACCGGUCAAGACGGAGGGCGACUUCGUCUUCGUUCCAUUCUGUGGAGUCUGAAGAAGAGUUCUCUCUCUUCAUCACGACAGAGGACGGAGCCAGCAUGGACACUGUGAGGAGUGAACCGGUGCUGCGAGAGAGCUCGUAUCUCUCUUGUGAACUCUCGGAUUCGGGCUCGCCGUCCUCUGCCUCUCCGCCUCCCGCCUCACCCACUGCGCCGUCUUCUUCUCCCUCACCCCUCACGCCGUCCUCCCCCUCCUCACCCUCCGCGUCGUCGCUGCCUCCUUCUUCGCGGUCGUCUGCUUCUUCGGAGUCCCCCUCCUCGUCGGCUCCUUCGUCUAUCUCUUCUUCCUUUUCGUCUUCCUCGCUCUCGUCUUCGCCGCCGGUGUCUGUGUCGGCGUCAUCUGUCUCUUCGCCGCCGUCGUCCGCGUCGGACGUGGGCGUCACCGGCGGGCGGGCAGACGAGGCGGGGCGGAAGGCGCUGGAGAUCCUGCGGAAGGGCUUUGCGGCGACGCGCAGCUUCGGCAGCUCCACUGCGUUGGUCGUGUGCCUGGACGGCCUGCGCGGGCGUCUGGGAAUCGCGAAUUUGGGGGACAGCGCGCUGAUGCUGCUGCGAAGGCAGCCGCGCCUCUGCCGCAUGACGUGCGCACAUCGCUCCCAAGAGCAGCAGCAUCAGUUCAACUGCCCGUUUCAGCUGUCCUGUCUGCCCACGCCGAGCCAGUACGCGGACCUCGUGGGUCAGGGCAAAGGCACCCUCGUACGUGUGCUGCGGAGUGCUACCAUGCUGCCUCAGGACACUCCCGACAUGGCGCGCGUUUACUGUGUGAGCGCGCAAGAGGGCGACCUCCUGAUUCUCGGCACAGACGGCGUCUUCGAUAACCUAUUUGACCACGAGAUCUGCUCCCUCGCCAACCUCGCGCUCAGUCCGUACGAGGCCUGCGAGCUCCUCGGCGACGCCAGCAGGGCGACCAGCGCCCAGGCUGUCGCCGCCGCGAUCGCCGAAGCUGCUGCGUACAAAAGCUGUAACCCGCUCGCGAAGACUCCGUUUAUGAAGCACGCGCGGCGAGCCAAGACGCACUUCAUGGGCGGCAAGAUGGAUGACAUCACAGUCGUUGCCUGUUGGGUCACACGCGAGCCGCACGCUAGCGAGCGCGGGGAGCCGCGCCGGCCUGUCUCCUCGCCCCCCGAGUCAGCGUCGCCCCUCGCCGCGGACGCGUCGGGCCUCCAAGGGCGCGAGUCGGGGGCCGCACGGGGCGAGGAGACAGGCCGGCGACUCCACGGCGCGAGGGCGAGCACGUGCCAGACCUGUGUGUGA